UAGCGUUGUUGUUCCUGGAAACAAAAUUUCAUUUUAAAAAAUUUGAUAUACUUCUUCAUUCUCUCCUAUUACGCAGAACUGCAACUGCCAAUAUGCCAGAGAAUGCCAAGGUUUACAUUCACUAUGGACCAUAUGACUCUUGUGGCUUGGUAGAACAUCGAGAUCUUCGUCUCAAAGGACUCCAAAAUGUGCUGCAACUUCAUGGUCACACAGUGGAAUUGAAGGAAAUCAAUGACUGGAAUGUUAUUGAACUUUGGGUUAAUGGAGAAUUGAUAUUUACAUGUGACAUCAGGGAGUUAGAAUAUGGGGGAGAUGGUCAUCUAGACCCACUUUGUUCCAGCGCCCUCCAGAAAGUCACAGAGGCGUACUGAUCCAUGACAAGACUGAGAAACACUCAUCAUGGUCACUUUUCACAUGGGACAUAGAUUUGAUAUAUCGGAGUUAAAUUGGAACAAAUAAAGCAUGACUGUGAUAUCAAUGCAUAUAUGUAUUGUACAUACUGUACAGGAUUAUUCAUAAUUAUGUAAAAGUGUAAAUAUAUUUAGUGUAAAUAAAUAUACAGAAUAUAAUAUUGAACAUAGAGAUAAACUUUAUUUUUAUUUCAUGUGUAAGAGAUUUCAACGAGGCCUGUUAUAUAUAAUAUGAUUCUCAAACAAGGAAAAUAUGCAGGAAUUUCCAUUUCUUUUCCAACAAAUUAUGUAAUAAUCUUUUA